CCUGGUUUAUGUUUUGUCAAAUGACAGCUGUGGAUGUGUUUAGAAUUGGCAACCAAGAGCGAUAACCACUUUCGCUUUACUGGAAUUCAGUUUGUGACGAAAGGUUUAUCAAAGGAUGUUUGACAGUUAUCAUUCGUUUUACCUGCGCAAGUAAUUUCCAUACGCUUUGGCAUGGAGCCCCUUGCAGUGGAUGAUGACAUCUGCAUCCUAAAGCAUGAAACAUAUGGGCCAACUGAAAGCCCUGUGUCAGUAUGUUCCGGGGACGAGUCUGUGGCCUCCCACUUUGCCCUCGUCACAGCCUACGAGGACAUCAAAAAGCGCCUGCGGGAUGCAGAGCGAGAGAACACACUUCUCAGGAAGAGAGUCAAACAGCUCGAAGAUAAGUUGUUCAGGCCCGAGGCCCCUUCAACAGAGGGACCACAGUAUGUGAACAAGGCUUUUAGUGCCUACCGGGGGAUUUACAUAGAGAAGGAGGACCUGCAGAUGGAGCUCAACAAAUUGAAGAAGGAAAAGACUGAGAGUGAGAAGCAGCUCAAUGACCAGCUGCAGGCCAGAGAGCUGGAACUGCUGCAAAUGAGGACAGAGCUGGAGACAAGCCAGGUAAUGAAGAGUUUGAAAAAUGCUCCCGACUACUGGGAGGUGGAUAAAGUCAACAGUGAGCUGAAGAUCCACACCCUUCAGGAGGAGCUGGAGCGGACACAGCUGGAGUGCAGGCGGCUACAGGAGAAAGGCCAGAACAGCCUCGGCAAAUUGACCCCUGGUAGUGAACAGACUGAAGAGGGGCCAACUAACAACAGGGAGUCAGGUGUUAUGAAGUCAUAUGCAGACCUAUGCAGUGAGAUGUCCCACGUGCACUCUGUGUUAAAAUCACAGACGGAACUGGUGAAGAAACUCAAAGACAAACCCCUUCUUCAAGCAAACAAAAGAGCUGCUUCAACUGUGCCCGUGCAGUGUCUGGAUGACGUGGAGAAGACCCAGACGGUGAGGGUCACCGCGCCUCGCCCUCCCAGCGCACCCCCGCUCCCCUCCAGCACGGGUCGGCCCUGCCCCCCUGCCGGACCCCUUGCGGCGCCCCCUGCCAUGCUGGAGGGCCUUCGGGAUGACUGCUGGCAGAGGCCUUGCCCCAUUGCCCGGCCCGCUCCGCUGGGCAGCCCGGCGGACCCACUGCCACCCUCCCAGCGCAUGGGCUCUCUGGAGGACAGCUCCUGGUCCAUCCCCAGCCCGCCUAGACCCAACGACGCCCUCUUCUGGGAGGGCACGAAGCCCAAGGGCACCACUGCUGACUGGGCCAAGCCUUACUGAGAGAGAGAGGCCCUGGGCCAUCACCCACUCCCAUUUUAGAGACACCCACCCAGCCUGCCUUAAGACCUUCACCUCUUUGAUUUCCCAGGACUUUGGGGAAGACAUACCUCUGCCACUCCGGACUCCAAGCCUCCCCCCCCACCCCGUCAACCUGACUCACCCCGCACACCCGCUUCUUGGUCUCCCACACUGGGCUAAACCUGAUGGCUUUGUAGAACUUGAACAUGACAAGACACGAUCUCACACACCAAAGGGCAGCGAGCUUGAGAGGACUGAGACCGUGCAGACAGAGAGGUGAAUGUGUGUGUGUGUGUGUGUGUGUGUGUGCGUGUGUGUGUAUGUCUGUGUGUGUGUGAUUUGGAGAGUGUGUACUUUGUACAUGUGUGCGCAUAUACAUGGGCUCACCAGUGUGUGUAAAUAUUGUACGUAUGUGUGUGUAAAAUCUUCGUUUCCAUACAUUGUAAUGAUGGCUUCUUCUUAAUAAUCGUUUAUGUGUUAAGGGAAAAGCUCACUCCUAUCUGCUGUAAAAAAAAAAAAAAACAAUAAUCGUGGGCACCUUUUGAGCUUUUGGUAAUUAACAUACCAAUUUUGAUGAGCCAUUUUAUUGUCGUUAAGAUACCUGUACCUGCUUUGGGUCAUCCUUGGCAGAGAGUAGAACACACAAAAGCAAGAAUCUGUAACUGAAACCCCAGAAUGGUUUACUUUUCUUGAGAAUGUCAAAGGAGAUGACUCCAGCUCGCCGACUAACAGCAGCUCAAAUGAGCCUGACAGUGAGUUUAGUGAGCGGAACCUGUACGGACAGGCACCGUUUGGAGCUCACAAACUGAAGGCUGAACCUUAUGGUUCCUGAGGGGGACAUUAUGGAAAACCUCAGCGUCCCACUGUCUUGUCAUCAUCAUGAAGAUCAUCAUCUUUGAAUGGUUCAAGAAACUCUUGCUGUUCCAUCCCUGGGCAAAGUUACUUGAACGAGAUGCUUUACGUAGUGUUUUAGAUAGCACAAGCUGACCACUCUGGUUUUGACCAAGGGUGGAGACAUAAAUUGGUUUUUCGUGGGAAAAUUUCCUAUCUUCUAAACUGACAAAAAAAAAAAUCACUGGGUAUUUAGGAAUGAAUUAUCUCAAACUCGAGUGGUUUAUCCCUAUAAUAAUGUGCAUUUUAAUUUAUUUGUAUUCUUUUGUGAAGAAAUGCAAAAACUGUUGUUUUCUCAGCAACAAUAUAAAUAGUGAAUAUGUGAAAUUAUUCCCUUUUCUGAACUUCAGAAACAAGCAGAUUUGGUGAGGAAGGGUAUAAGGGACUUGUUCAUAGGACCGUGCUGUGUGUUUGUGUCCAAGGCAGGUCACAAUUUGAGGGAAGGGUUGUGAAAGGGACUGAGUCGUGUAAUGGCAGACCACCGUAUGUACAUUGUGCCUACAGUGGCCUGUAACAGGGAUAGUGCUCAAGUAUGUGAAGGUCUGUGCUGUGUUAUUGAAGGUAUGGUAUUGAUUUGUCUGUUCAAUUUUAAAAUUGACUUAUUAUUAUUUGACUCUUUGCUGCUCUGGAAUCAACAUUUAAGAUAAACAAAUGAACAUGACAUUGCAUGUUCAGUGGAAUAUACAGGACAUAAUUGACAACAAAUCACAUGGGAUGCAUGCAGUCCUCAACACAAUCUACCAAUUGAUUUGCAAUCAAAUAAAUGGUGACUGACCAUGACAUACAAAAAAUCUCUAAAUGGAAGGAGUUGAAUUUGUUGGAGGGACUCUGUACAGCCCAUGGUUUAUAAAAACUCCUCUGCUGCCUCAUCGUUUGUCAAACCAUAUUUCCACAUUGUCCUGACUUUGCAGUUAUGCUUCCAAUUUGUACCUGAAACCAUUGCUUUACCCAGACAGACUAGCGGGUGCGUUUGUAGGUCUAUUUCCUUUUGGAAACAAAAAGAAAGAGAACAGCCGAUGUAUAGACACUCCAAUCAUGUAUCGCCAACAGGGUUAUUAUCGUUCCGGCAGGCAUAUUCACCUCAUGUGAUUGGAGUUCUGUCUUCUAGUCAGAAAUGUAUGAAGCACACAGUGCAGUUGAAAAGAUUACCAUUUAUAUUCAGUCCAAGAUGAAGUCAAAGUAGGUUUUUUUGUUGUUGUUUUUUUUACAGUUACAGCAGUGAUUAUAUUCAAUAUUCUUACAAAAGAUUUGCAAACCAAAAUGCAAUGUACAGUAGAUAAGGAUUAUUAUAUUUUAGGAUUACCACUCCGAAAACUGUUUGUAAAUAUGAUUUAAAUUAAAUAAACGAAUGAAUGUCA